UUUGUUUUUAACUACACACUUUUCUCUCUCUUCCUCGCUCUCCUGUGUCCAUAUAUCUAUUUGUUUUUUUCUCUCUCUAGGGUUUUAUUAACUCAUAAGAACUUCAAUCAAAAUUCUCAAAUGCUAAACUCACUGGAUUCCAAUUUCAGAUCUUCCAAAUUAGUUUAAAUUCACAUAUUCGGUAGCUCAUAAUUAUCAAUUUGGUAUGCAUUUAUUAGUGUUGUGCGUAAAUUUGUGUUUAAUUUAUGGGCAUGUCGUUACUGUCGAUUUUGUUUGUUUUUGAUAACCGUGCUGCUCGGGCAAGCUUACGUGCACCUCGACUAAAUCCACGGAUACUUGCUUUCUAUGCUUAUGAAUUUGGGAUUGAGAUGCAGUUGAUUUAUUGAUUGAAUUUAAGGGCUGCUAUGGAUGAGUUAAUUUGGUGAUCAGCACGUGGAACUCUUGGAUCGGGUGGGAUUGUGCACUUCAGAUUUCUUAAUUUUAUUGGUAGCUAGCUGUUUGAGAUGUAUGGUCAGGGUAAUUAUGCAACUCAGAGUGGUCAAAAUGCUAAUGCGUCUAGACCUCAAUUGCAGCAGUGGCCUCAUGUCCCCCCCCCUCCUGCUCCUGCUGCUCAGGCCUCACGUCCACCUAUGUUGCCACAUGGUCAUCCACCAGGACCACCCCAAGUUGGACAGCGUGUCCCUCCUGCAUAUCAGCAUGCCCAUCCCGGUGUACGCCAUCCUUGUUCCCCUUUUCCAGUUCCAACAAGUGGCAGCAAUUCUAGUCAGUUUUAUCCACUGCCUCCUCCUCCUCCUCCUCCGCCACCACCAUCUGCACAAGUUCAUGGAAGCGCCUCAAUUUUGCAAUCUCACCAAGUCCCUGUGCAGCAUUCCCAGUGGAAUCCCAGUAUGCAGCAGGUUCCAUCUACAAUAGCUUCAGGUGCUCCUAGAAUUCUUCCACCACCUCCACCAUUAGGUCAAAUGCCUUUCCGAGGUGCAAUUCAUCAGCCAUCACCAGACAAUAUGCAAGUUUUUCUUCAUAAUCUUCCUCCUCCACCACCACCACCACCACCUAAUAUGCAGAACCCUAGUUUUUUCUCACCUUCCCCAUUUGACCCCUCCAUGCAUUCGAGAAACCAUGAUUCCCAUGUACAAUCUGCUGUUCCUGGUACGCAGCCACCUUUGCCGCCUUCACCUCCUGGGGAUCCACCUCUUCCACCAUCUUCACCACCUCUCAUAUCUACCACUGCAAAUGCUAAUGGUGCUGGUGCUAAAGACGAGGAGGCGUUUGAGCAUGAUGGAGGGAUUGCUUACAGAGAAGGUUCACCAGUGAAUAGGCAUUUAGCCUCGGAUCUUCCAUCUCCUCCUCCUAGGCCUGUAUCAGCAGCAUUUCCAGGAGAAGGUCCAUCAGUUCAACUUAUUAAUUCCCAUGUACAACCUGCAGCUCCGUCUCAUUCUGCUGCUGAUUCUGAUAUGGAGAUGGAAGAUGAUAUCACCCAGCUGGAUGAAGAUCAACAGAUCCAUCCUUUGGGGGCUGAGAAGCAGUUAAAGGAUAGCUUAACUCAAGAUAUACUACAUCGAAAUUCAUCGUGCUGUGGACCUGUGGAGCCAGAGAAACAAAUACAAGUGUCUGCAGAUUCUCCAUAUCGCUCUCCUUCAAGUUUUCAGGGACCAUCUUCUGAGACCACUGGUUUACACAGGGAUAAUGAACCCUUCUUGGACGAUCAUGUGCAGACAUCAGCUUCACUAGAGAAAAAAUUGAGCCAUCCUAGUGAAUCACCCACUGACAAGGAGGUUGAUCUUGAAAAUGUUCACAGUCAGCUCAUGGAAGCUGCCAGCCCUUUUAGGCUAAUUCAAGGCUAUGCUUCGGAUGACAGUUUAGACAAUGCUAGUGAGAAUUGUCUUGAAAAUCUUGGCCGUUUUAUGGUUCCUCCACCCAGUGAUGCUGUUGCUAUAACUGCCAAGACUGAUACUGGGAAAUCACCAGUAUCUUCAGUUAAACCUUCAAAUUUUGUUGCCAAAGAUGGCCAAGAAUCUUUUGGUGCUUUAAAUGUUGAGGAUUCCAUUGAUUAUGAUAAUGGAAAUAGAUUAUCCUUGAAGAGUGAAAUCACUGCUCCUGAAGGACCUCAAUCGGAAAAUGUUUUCGGCAUUAAUGAUAAUGACAGUUUUGAGUUGCUUAGGAAAGAUGCUAAGGAUAAAUCUCCUACCCGGAAGGUUGAUGAGUUUGGGAGACUGGUUAGGGAGGGGGUCAGUGACAGUGAUUCUGAUGAUUCACGAAGGUAUAAGCAGAGACAUGGAAAAAGAGGAAGAAGCCGGAGCAGAAGCCGCUCUCCAUAUGAUAGGAGGAGGAGGAAUAGUCCACGUAAGAGAAAGGACAGGCGGGAUCGAUCUCGAAGCAUCUCUCCAAAGAGAUACAGAAGUAGAAGCAAGUCACCUUCUAGGCAUGGUUCAACUUCUGGUGGUGACAAAAUUAGAAGGGACAGAGAUGGUUAUCCUCAACAAUGUUUUAACUUCCUUCGAGGCAGGUGUUACCAUGGAGCAUCGUGUCGAUAUUUCCAUGAUGAGCUUGAUAAGAGUGGUAGAUCGAGAUCUUACAGGAGCAAACAUCAGCAACGAGAUCUUCCAGUCAGUUCAAAGGAUUCUGAUAUGCACGAUUCAAAGGAUUCUCAUACACAUGAAAAGGUUGCGACUACACUAAAGAAAUCGGUUCACAAUCAUGAUAGAUCCAAAAGUCAGGAUAUUCCUGAUAUGAAAGAACCUGAACCUACUACUCAGCUAUAUGGAAAGGAAAAUCAAAUGGGACCUGCUGACAGUCCAGUAAUUGUUGCUGAAGUGGAGAAGCUUCCUGGUGAUGCUGCUGGGGGCAUGCCUUCUUCAAUUGGAACAGUGGGGAUUCAUCAGUCUGAAGAUCGUGUCUCUGAUCAGAUGCUCCUAAAUGCAGAUGAGAAACCUAAAGAGAAAUGUGAUUCGUCUGUUUUGGAGUUAUCAUCUGUCCAGACAUCAUUCAUGGUCCCACCAGCCCAGCUUCCUCAGUUUGUCUCUGCUAAGGAGUCGCGCCCAUCAGAUGUUCUCCAGACAGUACCUUUGUCAGCUUCCUUUCCUUCACUUCCUCAGGCUUCUAGUACUGCAUUUGCUCAGCAGAUUCCCAGAGAUCACAACUUGCCCCCACCCCCACCCCCACCCCCACCUUUUAAUUCUGCAUAUAUGGGAAUUGCUCCUCCAUAUCAAACUCCAUUUCCUCAACAACCGUCUCCAUUUGCUGUACCUCUGAGUUCCUCUUGGAAUUCUCUUCCACCACGCCCAGCACAGUCACAGGCACCACACACUCAAUUUGUGAAUGACUCCUCUGGAAAUGUCGCUGGUGGACAACAUAGUGUUCCUCGGGUACAUUUUCAACCAAAUUUAGCAGUUCCAAGGAAUGACUUCUAUGCAGGCACAUCAGCUGAUAUUCCUCAAGUUGGUGAACAUCAUGCCUAUGUGCGUACUCAACCUAUCUAUUCUAGGGGGUCACCGAAUAGACCACCAGCUUUCAUCGGUGAAUCUCUAGCUCUUGGUGAAAUUCGUGGUCUAUCUUCUAAGAAUUACCCUUACAUGCAACAACAUUCUGGCCCUCAGACAGCUGGUAUUUCUCGACAUCUUGUUGAACCUGGAGUUAGUUCCUCUGUGUCAAGGUACACAUCUGAUUUGUUAGACCAGAAUCAAGCUCCUCGGUUGCCUGAUUUUGGUGGAUCCAGAUUUUCAAGUCAUUUCAACCCUUAUGCAUCAACAUUUGACCAGCCACUAACGACGAAAUUCAGUUCGGAUCCUUUAACACAUGGAAGAGAUAUGCUCCCUAGUAGUAAAUACAGUGCAUUUAGUUUGAGCAAUAUGCCAAUUGAUGGCCAUCCUGCAGAAAGUCUUGCUUCACGAAAUAUUACCCCACCAUCUGCACGUACAGCUGAAGGAAUGUUCCCCCGGCCAGGUGGUAACCAGUAUGAUCCACUUUAUGACAGCAUAGAGCCAUCUACUAACUUACUUAAGAAAUCUGAUCCUGGUCAAAAGCAUGAAGUAACUGAUGACUCGGGUGCUAUGUUAAGGCUCAGUGGAUCCAAUGAACCACUGGAUGUGGAAGUACACAAGACACAGAAAAGAGGUGGAGUUAUUGCAUUCACCGCAUCUGCAGAAAAUGAUGAAUUUGGCGAGACAGCUGAGGCAGAGGUGGGUGCUGUUGAGAAUGGAAGCCCUAGCGAUUCCAGUGAUGAGGAAGAUAUUCCUGCAGGAGAGAUAGAGAUUGAACAGGUGAAGCCAUCAGGGGAUAAAAAGAAAAGCAAGGAUUCCAGAUCUAUGAAGCUAUUCAAGAGUUCAGUUGCUAAUUUUGUGAAGGAGCUGUUAAAACCAUCAUGGCGCCAAGGUAACAUGAGCAAGGAGGUUUUCAAGACAAUAGUCAAGAAAACUGUAGAUAAGGUCUCUGGAGCUAUGAAAAGCCACCAAAUACCCAAGUCUAAGACAAAAAUCGACCAUUACAUUGACUCAUCACAGAGGAAAUUAACAAAAUUAGUCAUGGGUUAUGUUGAUAAGUACGUCAAGGCUUAACUGUCUAUUCGUUGGCUGUCCCAGUUGGCAACAACAGUUAUUUCCAUGUAUCGUCACUGUGGAUGCUACUGUGACUGCAUGCAACGGCUUAUGCUCUGAAACAAAGUCUUCCUUGACAAGCAGUGAUAGUUGCUUAGCUGCUUUUUGGGAUAAAAGCUUAUACGCACGACUGCCCCGAGACAUUACCUGCAAAUAUUGAUAAACAUGGUAUUUAGGACAACUCUUUGGAGAUAGAAUGGUAUGUAGUGCUGUGUCUGUACAACCAACAUCUACAAUUGAACACCAAAGUGUUGAGGCCUGUGAGAAGCAUACUAUCUCUGCAGAUAAAAGUAUGAGACACAGCAGCAUAUUGAGAAGGGCAAAAUGUAUGUAGUAAAUUUUUGGUUUAGUUUUGUUUCUUCUUAAAAGCUGCAUUGUUUAAUGGGUGUUGUGUAUAUGAGUGAAUAUUAAUAGCAAGCUUGUUAUAAAAUUUCACUGCGUUAUUGAUA